AUGGGGAAGUGGCGAGACAUGACAAAGGAGGAGCUAGAGAAGCAGUAUGCCCCGAGCCGGUGGUCUCACCGCAUGGACAAGGAGGUUGUGAUAGAGGCCCAUGUCAGGGCGGUGACUGAAGGCACCCGGAGGGCCCAGGCCACCAUGCAGACCCUGCUGCAUGUCCCUUAUGGGGGCAGUGAUGGGGAGAAACUGGACAUUUACUUACCCACAGAUCCCUCUGGAGCCUUCCCACUCGUCCUGUACAUCCACGGUGGAUACUGGCAGUUUUUAAGUAAGGAGGUGUCGGGCUUUAUAGCGCCCCCUCUGGUGACACAGGGCAUUGCGGUGGUGGCGGUUGGCUAUGAUGUGGUUCCGAAAGGCCAUCUGGAUGUGAUGGUGGCGCAGGUGCGGCGCAGCGUGGCCUUCAUUGUGCAGCAGUAUUCAAAGAUCAGCGGAGUUUACCUGUGUGGACACUCAGCAGGGGCUCACCUGGCAGCCAUGGUGCUCUCAACUGACUGGGAGGAGUACGGAGUGACACCAGACAUAAAAGGAGCUUUUCUAGUGAGUGGAGUCUACGACCUCGAACCCAUCAUGCACACCUCCGUGAACAACCUGCUCCAUAUGAGCCGGUCUGACUGCUCUGCAGUGACACUGUCUCUACCCAGGGAGGUCGCUUGGAGGAACAGCCCCGUCCUAGGCGUGACAGCAGCGACGCCUGCCAGGAAGGCCUGUGAGGUGCUGAUCGCUGUGGCCCAACACGACUCGCCAGAAUUCCACAGACAAUCCCAAGAGUAUUUCCAGGCCUUGCGCUUAGCUGGCUGGAGAGUCUCUCUGCUGGACAUUGCUGACACGGAUCACUUUGACGUCAUUGAGAAGUUAUCCCAGGGGGGCUAUAUCCUGACUCAGGUGAUUUUGAACAUGAUUUCAAGAGCUUGA